GGUCCAUCAGACUUCUACCAGAGGCACUGUCAGAGAACAUGGGGUAGAGGAUGCUGAUGCUGACUACUCCUCAGGCGCUGACGUUGAUGCUGCAUGCAGCCAACAGGAUCUUGCUGGUGUAGAUCAUAGAUUGAAGUCUUUGUUAACUCAUGCAGCACAGCCCACAACCCCUGAAAGAGAAAAUAGAAAUGACAGCUGUGCAACAAAAACUCGAUAUAGUGAUCGGUCAUACAAAGAAUUUUUGAUUGGCCGGCGUAAGCAUAGGUCUCAGUCACUGGCCAGCGUUAUAAAAACUGAAUACAUAGAUAACCCAGCACUGUGCAACCUGGCAGAGUUGGAUUCUGAUGACAAUCUGGAUGAGUACUCACUGAAGGAGACCAGAAGGAAGAGAGAGGGCAGGGAAUUGAAGAAGACUUUAUCAUUACAGAAAAUGGCUGAUCACCAGGAGGGAACAUUGUCUGAGGAUUUUAGUGUGUUGAGCAUUCAUGACCAGUUAGAUCAUUCUCAUUUUAAUGGACUAGUUCUGGACGGAUCUGGCCGAUUGUCACACUCAAAGAUCAGACCUGUCCCUUCACUUUUCAUGAAUCCCAAGCUAGAAGGUACAUUUCAGAACCUCCAAAGUGCCCACAAGACAGAGACGAAUUCCAUUCAAGUUUUUCUUUGCUGA